AUGACGACGCCCCAGCCGCUCGGGGACCGCUCACAGAGCGACUCGGCCUCAGUCAGUUCCAACAACCCCGAAGCGUCGGGCGAGCUUACAGCCGUUGUGGACGAUCUGCUCAAUCAACUCAAUACCAAAUUCAACAGCAUCAGCAGCGAACUGCUUUCCAAGAUGGAUGACAUGUCGCGGCGGCUCGAUAACCUGGAGGCUACUAUUCAAGGUGGCGAUGGCACCAAGGGCUCCGGCUCAGGGAAGUGA